GACCAAUGAGAUAUAAGGGAUUGUACCAUCUAUUUUAUCAAUACAACCCUAAAGGUGCAGUUUGGGGAAACAUUGUAUGGGCUCACUCUGUAUCAAAAGAUCUCGUUAAUUGGACCCCACUUAAUAUUGCCAUCUAUCCAUCUCAGCCGUCCGAUAUAAAUGGUUGUUGGUCAGGAUCAGCUACAAUACUCCCUGGGGGCAAACCUGUCAUUUUGUACACCGGAAUUGAUCCAAACAAUCAACAAGUUCAAAACUUGGCCUACCCCAAAGACUUAUCUGAUCCAUAUCUUAAAGAAUGGGUGAAAUCCCAGAAAAACCCUUUGAUGGCACCAACUAUUGCCAACAAGAUCAAUGCAAGUUCAUUUAGGGACCCCACCACAGCAUGGCUAGGAAAAGAUGGACAUUGGAGGGUAUUAGUUGGAAACAAGAGGGGCAAAAUUGGGCAAGCACUUUUAUAUAGGAGCAAAGAUUUUGUUAAUUGGGUUAAAGCCAAACACCCUUUACAUUCAUCUAAGUAUACUGGAAUGUGGGAAUGUCCUGAUUUUUUCCCUGUUUUGAAAAAGGGCAUUUUGGGAAUAGAAACUUCUGUGAAUGAUGAUAAUGUUAGGCACGUGCUUAAGGCUAGUGUGGAUGAUAGGAAACAUGAUUACUAUUUGAUUGGGAGUUAUAAUGCUACCAAGGAUAACUUUAUCCCGGAUAAGGAUUUUGAUCAGAAUAUUGAAACCGUGUUAAGGUAUGAUUAUGGAAAAUACUAUGCAUCAAAAACUUUCUUUGAUGAUGGGAAUAAGAGAAGGGUGUUGCUUGGUUGGGUCAACGAAUCAUCAAGUGUUGCUGAUGAUAUCAAGAAAGGAUGGUCUGGAAUCCAUGCAAUACCAAGGGCUAUCUGGCUUCAUGAGUCAGGUAAGCAAUUAGUGCAAUGGCCUGUAGUAGAAAUUGAGAAGCUGAGAGAAAACCCAGUCAACUGGAACACCAAAGUCCUCAAAGGUGGUCAACUGCUUCAAGUUAAUGACAUCACAGCAGCACAGGCUGACGUUGAAAUUUCAUUUGAGAUAAAUAAGAUUGGCGAUGCUGAAGAAUUGAACUCUUGGGUAGACCCCCAAAUUCUGUGUAGCCAGAAGGGUUCUUCUGUUAGAAGUGGAUUGGGACCCUUUGGCCUAAUAGUUUUGGCUUCAAAGGGAUUGCAAGAGUACACUUCAGUGUUCUUCAGAAUAUUCAAAUACCAAAACGAAAAUUUGGUUCUCUUUUGCAGUGACCAAAGCAGGGCUUCCUUGAACAAAGACAACGAUCUCACCACUUAUGGAACUUUUGUGGAUGUGGAUCCUCUUCAUGAGAAGUUGUCAUUGAGAAGCUUGAUUGAUCACUCUGUUGUGGAGAGUUUUGGAGGAGACGGAAAGGCUUGCGUCACUGCCAGAGUUUAUCCCACACUGGCAAUAAAUGAUGAGGCACAACUAUAUGCCUUCAAUAAUGGAACUUCUAGUGUUAAGAUCAAAAGUUUGAGUGCUUGGAGCAUGAAGAAAGCACAAAUCAAUGGAAACUAAACAUAAUUACUGGGGAAUUGAAUUCUGGAUUCAGAAGAUGAGCAUUCAUUAUGACAAUUCUUUUGUGUUCUAUUACUAUUGUCUCCAAUGUAUCACUAAUGUAACAUUAAUAAGCAAGUCAUUCAUCUUAUCUAGUAUUUGAUGAAAAUAUGACUCCUAAAAUUGUUCACUGAGCAAUAAUAAUAUAUUAUUUGUAUAUC